CUGUUUAAAAAUAUGCAAAUUUUUAAUAAUAUAUAAAACAUGGCAAAUGGUGCAGAUACUGAUAUUUUGUGUGGUUUAUGUGAAUUCAAGUCAUCAUCGCUUGCGGUUUACAAAGAACAUAUUCUAUCUGAACACCAUAUGAAAAAAAUUCCAGAAGAAGCAAAAAAUGAUGUUAUUAAAAACAAAGACCAUAAAAUUAAAGAACAUAAAAAUAAAGAAUUACAUCAUUGUUAUUUAUGCAAUGUAACAUGUAAUGGAGAAGUUUGUUGGAAAGCGCAUUUAGAAGGAUCAAAGCAUAAAAAAAAAAGCAUGCAUCAAAUUGGCCAUGAUUCAGAAAAAGAAAAUCUUCAAACAGAGAGAAGUGCACUUAUCUAUUCAAACCAAAAUUUUCGACCUAAAUCGCAAUAUUCUUCUUUUAAGUCUUCUAAAAGGCACCCAUAUAAAAACGAAAGUCAUCAUAUACCUUCAUUAAUGGAUCAAGAGAUACAACCUCCUUCUUUUCUUGCUGGUGAUGCUUCUCUAUUUAACCAAACAGGAAACAUUUCUGAUGAGUUAACCACCGAUACUCAUGGCAUGAGGUAUACUUCACUCAAAAGGUCACCCCAUAAAAUAAACAAUAAACCAUUUCGCAAAUCUCAGCGGUGGAAUGAUAUCUCCAAUUCUGACUGCUCUCAACCAAUACCUUCUAAUGCAUAUGAAAUGUCUAUUUCUGCGCAAAGAGAUAUUGGUGAUGAAAUUAAGGAUGAAAUGAAAAGAGUACAAAAGCAAGCCCAAGAAACAAGACUUGCUGAGCAAAGAAGAAAAGAUUAUAUGAAAUAUGAAGAAAUAAGAACUUUUAAAAGAGAGCAAAUGCAUGAAGAUACUCCACCGCCCCCUCCCAGAACUCUUGAUGAUGAAACAAAAAGACUUGUGAUGCAGAACUUAGUUGAAUUAGCAAAAUGUUGCGUUACAAAUGAAACGGAUGCAGAACUAGCUUUGCAGGUGUCAAAUGCCCUUACACAAGCUUUGCUACAGUAUAAGAUGAAGAAUAUGCCUUCUUCGGUACUACAGACUUUGAGUUCUGUUCCUCAUCAGCAAUAUUUGCAACAACAACAACAACAAUAUUUUAUCGGAAACGCUCAACCUCCAAAUCAAUAUGUAUAUCCGAAUCCUCCAGCGCAUCAACCGGCGCCCGUUGAAGUUUCUCGUCCACCAGUGGCUCCAAUAGAAAUAGAUUCAAGAUUUCCGACGCCUGGAGAAAAUUUAUACCCUCCUGUUCAAUAUCAGCACUACCAGCAAGCGUCUAAUUACAAUCAAUAUUUCGUUCCUCAAAAUAAUCAUUACAAUAUUCAUGAACAGCCGCAACAACAUGUUCCCAUGCAACAACUUGAAAUGAGUAGCUUCGAGCCACAGCACUACGAACAAUUUCGGUCCGUUUAGAGGAAGAAAUUGUUUACAAAAGUAUGAAAUCUUACGUACUCUAGACCAAUAAAUUAAUUUGGUAAUAUUAAGUAAUAAGUUGCAUUACUUGGAAAUGCGUCAUAAUCAUACGCAAUAAACAUAUUUUUAAAAGUGUAUUGCUACACCGAAAACUAAAUGUAAUACUAAAUGUAACAGUAUUGAUGAAAUUUAAUAAAAAAUGUUGUUCAUAUAUUAA